AUGACAGACGACUUCGUGAAGCGAACCGUGAAGUCCCGAGAGAAGUCCUACAUCAAGGGAGCUGUGAAAUACUGCGAGCGCAAGGGCAACGAGCACCUGUGCAAGAGUCUUGACAAGUACAACAAGAAGAUCACCAAAUAUUACGUUGAGUAUGAAGAAGAUGAUGAGAGUGCUGAUGAAGUGGAAGAGCGUGAGCGACAUGAGGAAACCAAGGGCACUGAUGACAAGGUCAAGUUCAAGAGGCUGGGCAAACAGGCCAAGGUCGACGCCCUGCCAGAGGGAUCCGGCGAAAGCGAGGGCGAUGACGGCGACUUUGACAAGCUGAAGAAGUUUGGGGACUCGCUCCUCACUCGAUGCACCAAGAUCUCCGACCUCAUCGCUCAGAUUCAAGUUGAAGUGGAAGGGUGCAUCGAGGGCUUGGAGGGAGCCAUUCAAAUCCUGGAGUCCGAGUUCGAGUCGGUCGAAGCCGUCAAGGCUGAUGUGGUGGAUUUGCAGGACGAGGAAAUCUCCGAAAGCCGGGGCAAAGAGCCAAUUGCUUAA